AUGGUGAAGCUCAAGAAGCUGAAAGUUUUGUUGAACCAAAGAUCUAUUGAUACCAGCCUACUAAGAAGUAAUAACGCGAAAGUGAAGGUGUACCAAGGUAUAAAUGAAAACCUAAGUAAAUUGAUAAAUUGCUGUUCGGCAACACAGAGCCAACCUGAAGACAUGUGGCAAAGUUUAAAAUCGGCUAUUAUAGAACCCUGCAAGAAAUAUCUGAAACCUGAGAAAAGAACAAUGCGAAAUGAUUGGAUGACUGAUAAAAUUUUGAUGCUUAUGGGAGAAAGAAGGAACCUGAAAAAUACAGACAGACAGGAAUAUAAAAGAAUACAGAAAGUCAUCAAAUAUAAAUAUCGUCAAGCUAGGGAGGAGUGGAUACAAGAGGAAUGCACUGAAAUAGAAAAUCUGCAAAGACUUCACGACUCACACAGUAUGCAUAAAAAAAUAAAAGAGUUUACUGGAACUGUUCGGAAGCAAAAAUCGUACAUUCUUACAAAUGAUGAUGGAGACAUUGUGUUGGAGAUUAAAGAUCAGUUGACUCUAUGGGAACAAUACAUCGAAACCCUUUUCAACGACCAAAGAGAAGAAAUCACUACCAGCAUUAAAAAUGAAAUGGGGCCAUCUAUUUUAAAGGAAGAAGUGCAAGCGGCAAUAAAAGCAGCCAAAGAUGGGAAAGCGCUUGGCCCUGACGAUCUACCUGCAGAUGCGCUCAAGUUGAUUGAAGAACAAGACUUAGGUGCUAUCACUUCUCUAUUUAAUAAGAUCUACGAAACAGGGAUGAUGAUACCAAGGGAAUGGCUCCAGUCGACGUUUGUCACAAUUCCAAAGAAGCAUAAUGCCAAAAAAUGUGAAGAACACCGCACGAUCAGCCUUAUGAGUCACACACUUAAGAUCUUUCUCAAAGUCAUCCACCGCAGGAUUUACAGAAAAUUAGAAGAAGAUAUAGCAGAUACUCAGUUUGGCUUUAGAAAUGGUUUCAGUACUAGGGAGGCUUUGUUUGCCUACAAUGUCUUAAUGCAGCGAUGCCUUGAUGUCAAUCAAAACGUAUAUGUCUGCUUUAUUGACUAUAAUAAAGCAUUCGAUAAAGUAAGACACAAACAACUAAUAGAAGCGUUAGAACAAAAAAAUCUCGAUACAGAUAAGAGAUAUACAAAUAAUAGUAAAACUGUACCUUAA